GAGAGAGCUACGAGGUCUGGGUCGCCAUGAAUCCGAUCCAGCCGGCUGAAGGGGACCCGAUCGAGGAGCUGAUGCUGCUGACGGCUCAGAGCCUGAGCAGACUGGAGCUUGGAGAACACUUCCACGUGGUCAAGGAGAUCGGGAGAGGGAAGUACGGGAAAGUGCUGCUGGUCACCCAUCGUCGCAGAGGCACUCUGAUGGCCCUGAAGGUCAUGCCCAAGACUUCGACCCAGCUGCGGGGUUUCCUGCGUGAGUAUUGCAUCUCUCUGCAAGUGUCCAGUCACCCCUGCAUCGUGGGGCUGUUCGGCAUCGCCUUCCAGUCUGAGGAACACUACGGAUUCGCUCAGGAGCUGGUCCUUGGAAAGGACCUCUUUGCUGUCAUCGAGCCUGGUGUGGGCAUUCCCGAAACUGCAGCGAAGCGCUGUGCCCAGCAGAUCGCCAGCGCCCUGGAGUUCGUCCACAGCAAAGGGCUGGUCCACCGGGACAUCAAACCCGAAAACAUCCUCCUGCUGGACCGGGCCUGCUGUCGGGUGAAGCUGGCCGAUUUUGGCUUGGCUCAGAAGAGGGGCUCUCAGAUCCAGCUCAUCUCUGGUACCCUGCCUUACAUGUCGCCAGAGCUGUGCGCUGUGGUGGUCUCCGAGAAGAAGUCGAGAACGAUCCUCAGAGUGGAACCCAGCCUGGACACCUGGGCCUUUGCCGUGGUCCUUUUCUGCCUCCUAACUGGAUACUUUCCGUGGGAACGCUGCACCCCCUGUGAUGAUUUAUACCAAGAGUUUGCCAGGUGGUGCCAGGGGGAGACGGGAGAAUGGGAGGUGCCCUCCCAGUGGAAACGCUUCAGCGACAGCGCGCUUGCCAUGUUUAAGAAGCUGCUGGCAGUAAGAGCCCAGGAUCGCUACCCGGUCUCCGAGGUGCUGGCUCACCUAGACGAGGAGUGGAUGAAGCGUCCUGUUGCAGAGAACCGGAAGGAAGAGGAGAUGACGACUGGGCAUUCUCACGGAAAGGGAUUCAGUAUGUGCAGGACAGCUUCUCUCUACGCAAGUCCAAUGCAAAAAGAUCUGUAGUGAGGAAGGGUCAUCGCUGCAGAGGUGCCCUAGCUGGGUAGACUGCUCCAUUGAGAACUUUUUGAAGCCAAGUAAAACAAUACAUAAAACAAGCAAGAGGCAGGGAGCCAGUAAAUGGUUCUGAGCAGCUGAAAUGAUUGGUCACAUUUUAUUUUAAGGGCUAUUUCUUUUAGUUUAUUAACUGUUAACAAACAGCUGAUAAACAUGUUAAUGUACAUUAUUUAUUUUCUGCUAACUGUUAGUAAAUAAUAUAUGAUAGGCAUCAAAAACUGCAAACUAUGGGUGAUCAAUCAAACACUGGAGCCCUAUCAGUGAUCAAUCAAUCACCAAAGCCCUAUCAAUGAUCAAUCAAACGCCAAAGCCCUAUGAUAUGUUAAAAUCUGUUCAACCCGAACCCUAUCCCUAUCCCUAUCCCUAACUCUGACCAUAACCACAA